GAAUGUUACGUUCUUAGCUGUGAAAAAAAUACACGUGCCAUCGCGUGUUGUUAUAUUUAUUUAUUAACAAUAUAUUUCGUUAUUAAAAAAUGACGAAAAUAAGAAAAGUAAAGCGUAAGAAGAAGUAUCGUGUGAAUGUAAAUCGAAAGAGACUACGAAACAAGUUAAAAAAGCUACCUACGAUUGAAUGCAAGAAUAUAAAAGAAGAAUGGGAGAUUACUAAAUCAACACGUAGCAAUCUAAAAGAAAUGGGUUUAGUAUAUGAUCCAAAUAAGAAUUUAAAAAUUCCUAAUAUAAAACAAGAUUUACUGCAACAAGUUAAAGAAAAAUUUAUGGAAAAUGGUAUGGAAGUUGAUAGCGAUGAUGAGAAUGAAGAUAUAAAAAAAACACCAGCUAAAAUUCAUGUCGCACAAGCUUUAGAAAGAGAUGCAAAAGCACCUAGAGAAAGAAGGUUUCGUUUACCAAAUGGUCAAGUAGAGUUUAUCACUUAUUUAUUAGACAAAUAUGGAGAAGAUUAUAAGGCUAUGGCACGCGACAAGAAGAAUUACAAUCAGUUAACUUGGAAACAGAUUCGUGCUAAAAUAAAAACUUUUAAAGGCAUACCAGAACAAUAUAAUGAAUAUUUAUCUAAGAAAAUUGCAACUUAACAUUGAUUAUAACAAAUGUAGAAUCAAGUUAAUUACUAUAAAAUACUGUAUUUUGUAUAAAAAUUUCUCUCUCUCUCUCUCUCUCUCUUUCUAUAU